ACUUCCCUGUUUGCCUUCUUUUUACCUCGCGAACUUUUACUCGUCUUCUCGGGGCUUGCGCUCGAGGACCCCCUGCGGUCGCGGAGUCAAAGUGGUGGUUUGGUUGGGGCCCAGAGCAGAGGGAUCCAAGACGCUCUGUGAUUGGCCCGCUGCUGGAGUCGCGUGCUCUGAUUGGUCCCUGAGGCCGUCAAGAACAGCAAUUUCAAUAUAGUUGACCAUGCAGCCUGCAAUUCAAGUGUGGUUUGGGGAAGAUCUGCCGCUAAGUCCGAGAAGUCCUCUGACCCCCCGGCAUGGGCCAGGUUUGGCUGAUGUUUGUCAGUAUGACGAGUGGAUAGCUGUGAGGCAUGAAGCCACCCUGCUGCCCAUGCAAGAAGACCUUUCAAUCUGGUUAUCUGGUUUAUUAGGUAUUGAAGUUAAGGCAGAAAGGUUAUUAGAAGAACUUGAUAAUGGAGUACUGUUAUGCCAACUGAUUGAUGUUCUUCAAAACAUGGUGAAAACAUGCAGCUCUGAAGAACCAGGGAAUUUUCCAAUGAGAAAAGUGCCCUGUAAGAAGGAUGCUGCAUCAGGUUCAUUCUUUGCUAGAGACAAUACCGCGAACUUCCUUCACUGGUGCAGGCAUGUUGGGGUUGAUGAGACUUACCUCUUUGAAUCCGAAGGUUUAGUUUUGCACAAAGAUCCAAGACAGGUGUAUCUGUGUCUUCUUGAAAUUGGUCGAAUCGUGUCAAGAUAUGGGGUUGAGCCACCAGUAUUAGUAAAACUUGAGAAAGAAAUUGAGCUGGAAGAGACCUUACUUAAUACUUCUGGACCUGAAGAUUCCAUCAGCAUUCCCAAAUCAUGUUGUCAGCAUGAAGAGCUGCAUGAAGCUGUUAAACACAUCGCAGAAGACCCUCCUUGUAGCUGUUCUCAUCGAUUUUCCAUCGAGUACUUAUCUGAAGGACGAUACCGACUAGGAGAUAAAAUACUCUUUAUAAGAAUGCUUCACGGAAAACAUGUCAUGGUCCGGGUCGGUGGAGGCUGGGAUACUCUUCAAGGAUUUUUGCUUAAAUACGAUCCCUGUCGAAUAUUACAGUUUGCUACACUAGAACAGAAAAUUCUAGCAUUUCAGAAAGGAGUUUCCAACGAAAUUGUGCCUGAUUCGUCUACCAGAACACCUCAGCCUCCUGAAAUGAAUCCUCUGUCAGCAGUUAGCAUGUUUCAGAAACAGAAUUCAAAACCUGGCACGCCGGUUGGCACUGCAAGGAGCAAAGAGAAGCAGGCACGUCCACCGGGUGUGCUGUUGCCAGCAUCUUCCCUGAAAGGAGGGAAUCUGGCCUCUGGGUCCAUCCGUUCUAAGUUGCCAAAUUCUCCAGCAGCCUCGUCUCAUCUCAAAAGCAAAUCUUCAAAGGUCCUAACAAAGAAACCACAGGCCUCUUCAAACAGCGCGUCAUCUUCACCUCCUUCUUUAAAUCCAGCAGGUAAAAGCACUUCUUCAGCAGCUUUAUCAAGAACUGCACCUUGUGGAUCUGAGUCAUUGAGAAAAUAUAUCUCAUCACCCAGUACUCCUAAGGCCAAGCUUAAUCCAGCCCAGAAGUCCAGAGAGGAGCCUGGGUCUGCACGCUUGCCAAAUAAGGGUUCUGGAAAACCCGAGCCAAAGCAUGUGAGGCACAACCAUGUAUCUUCCAGGGAUGAUGCAGUCUCUCACAAGGGUGCACAUUUAAAUUCAUCAUCCAAGGGUCCAAAGCCACCUAAGACAAAUCUGCACCUAAGGCCUAACCCCUCUCCAUCUUUCCAGUCCCCCGCGAAAGUGACAACAUCCGGUUCCAAGACCGUAACCACGGGUCAGGGAACGCGGUCUCAGCCAAGUGAUGGAGCUCCGCAGGAAGCUGCCCAGAAACCAAAAGAUAAGAAUGUGGUUUCAGUUGUCAAAAAGCAGCCUCAGAAUAAAAGCACAUCCCAGAAGACAGGACCCAGCUCCUCCAGGUCCCCUGGCCGGACCCCACUGUCCAUCAUGAGUCUUCCCCAAUCUUCUGCCAAAACGCAGCCUAAACCAAAGUUGGCACAGACUGCCACCAAGAGCCAGUGCUCAGCCAAAGGCCCUCCCCAAAGUGGCAAAGCCCCGGCUCCACCCGGGAAACCACCCUCCUCUGGCAGGGAGGCAGUGAGUGGAGAUAAAAAACCUCCUGCAAAGAAAAAGGAAGACGAUGACCAUUAUUUUGUUAUGACGGGAAGUAAGAAACCUAGAAAAUAACCAUAAUGUGUCAUUUUAAGAGACCAGAGGCAAGAGAGAGAGUGAAUGUGUUAGCUUCACAUCUUAGAAGUUUCUCCUAUUUGUGUUUAUCCAACUGGGUUCAGCCAUUAAGUACCAUAAGAUGCAGGCUGGAGUUGGGGUGAGGAAAGGGCUCAUCAGAAUUCACGUGUCGGAAUUCACCAGGAGGCACCGCCCUUUCGAGGUGGACAGUGGUAAAAUCACCACGAGGUUCUAAUCAUACAUAGUUAUAGACGUGUAUGAUUUCCAGUCCACAACAUCUUUGCUAAUGUUGGCCCAUUAAGGGAAAUGUAAAGUCAAGUAACACUACUGGAGCUGUAACCAUAGUUGCUUUAUUUUGUUGUAACUAUGCGCUUUAUUUUGAAUAUGGAGGUUAUUACCUGCUAACAACAACAGAGGUGCUCUUAAUAAGCUAUUGAAUUUUAGUUCAAAAGCAACGGUUUGGCACGUGCCUUACAAAAGGCACCUAAUUUAGUUUCCUGAUCAGAUUGCCUGAUGGAACAAUACUAAGUACUGAUGGCUGCUACCCGUUAGCUUGCUUUUAGUUUACUCUGGGCUUAGUAGGAUUGCUAUUAAAAAUUUUUUAAGCUUUCCAAUUCAGAAGGAGCUGAUUUUUUCACUGGCUUACAUUAAAAUUGGUAAUAUUUUGUGACCAAUAUUUUUGGUAAAAGAAAAAACAAAUUAAGGUAUUAAAUGUAAGUUGAAAUUUCGAAAAAUUUUUUGUAUAUUAUUUAUAAGAACUUAUACCUUAUAUUUUAGAUGGACAUUGUGCAAUGUGGAAGGGGAAACAAUUUAGUAGCUUUUGGCAUGUUAGAAGUAUUUUUAAAUAAUGUAAUUUUCUACGAAUGCAAAUAUCAAUUUUUACAUUAAAAUAAUGUUUAAUAUCAGAGUUAUGUUUUAACAACCUUAAAAUUAAGGUGAUAUUAAAGAAUCCUAAAGUGGUGCUAUAAAAAACACUAUCAUGUGAUGGUUAUUUUUCUUUAACACAACAAUACUGGUUUUAAUUCAAUUCUUCCAAUUAUGUUAAUUUUCCUUAAUAAAGUCAUGCAACUUCGGUUUUCCAAUGAACACUGUAUAUGCAGCAUUUUCUGUUCUAGAGGCAGAUUGUCCAAGGAACUUACCCAGAUCAUGUAAUGACUAUAUAGACUCCAUCAAUCUAAAGUGGUAUUUGUAAACAAUUUGUUUUUUUUUUAAGAGAUCACGACUAUUUUAAAAAUUAUUAAUGUACCAUUUCAGAAGUUUUGGUAGUGUAUUUAAUAACUUUACAGUAUUGUCAGUUACCACAAGUUAUUUAUUCAGUAUUGAGGUUUGUGUUUCCUUAUUUUAAACUAAAAUGUGUUUUCGAAAGAAAAAUAAUAGUUCACGCAAAUGUGCAAUCUUAACCUGACUACUAAUGUUUGUAGAUUAUAAAGCAAGAAAUUUUUGAAAGAAACUAAGUGACCCUUUGUCUGAAGACUACAGUUAAAAUCAAAGCUGUACACAGGCUAGUUUUUGAAAUAAUUGAUGCUUCUCUUCUUUUGUUAAAAGAGACAGUCAUCACAUAUUUAGUUUAGUUCCACUGUUGAUCUUGGCCUUGAGGGAGAUAAUAUUCACAUCUUUGGAAAGUGAAGUCAGUGUUCAAGAAGUACCAGAAGCUUUAUAUUUUUAGUGAUAAGAAAUAUUUAAUGGAUCUUUCAAAGAGGAAGAAUUUUACAUACAAGUGGGAAUUUAUUCUUUUGUAAGACCAAACAAUGCUUCUGUAUCACUAACUUCUAGAAAUUAAAAAAAAGUAAGUGCUGUUACAGCCAACCUAUGAUUUCAAAUAGAUUUUUCAAUAUUGUAAACAGUAACUUUUGUGUUGAGAGUAAUCGGAAAUAAAAGUAUAUCAUCUGGCAUAAAUUCCUAGAAUUGUUUUUUUUCCCCCAAAAUUGGAAUUUAAUUUGUAAAUAGCUCUAUCUUUAUCAGGCUACUGAUAGUAAGACUUUCUAA